AUGUAUGGCGACUUGGGAACUAAGUUGGUCCAACAUGCCAAACGUACCCAAUCUCUCGCAUACCUCCCACCCUACCAACGAGAGAUUGUCCAGGCAGUGACCCGCGAGGUCCGCGACCUCGAUAGAGAUGUGGCCCGUAUUCUUGAACAGCUUGAACAGGCCCGCAUAGCCGCCGAAGGAGAAGAGGAAGGCGCCCCUCAAUCAUCAUUCAAUCCUGCAGACGACCCGGUAACCGCUUGUGCUCUAUUAGUCAACCAUCUGUCUAUGCGCCGCAACAAACGCUGCCUUCUCACAUAUCACCGAAUCAGAGCCGAGAAAAUAGAGGAAAUGUGCUGGAAUGGGAUAGACCCUCUCGAACACCAACUACGGCAACGAGAAAUCGAGAAUGAGAAUAACAACGAAGAUCACGGAAUGCCGAGAGGGGAUAAGCAGCCUCUCUCAAAUAGUCAUUAUAAUAGUUCACUGACACCGGUGGAAGAAGAGUACUUUCGGCAGUAUAAUGAGAUGCUGAUGGCGUAUAAGGGCCACUGGACUGAUAUCGAUUUAACGGGCAGGCUGGAGCCCCCCAAGGAAUUGUAUAUCGAUGUUCGAGUUCUAAAAGAUGCAGGGGAGAUCCAGACUGAAUACGGGGUUACCUUCAACGACUAA